ACGCCGCAGCUCGGCGGUCAGAGCGUCUGCUGCGCGGUCCGGGAGCAACACGCGCGACGGGGUGCCUGGCGUUCCAGCCCUGUGCCAACUGCAGCUGUCCUGGAGGCAAACUGUCGAGAGACUAGUCCACGGCGAGGGUUGUGAGGCCAGCUUAAAUGUGUUUCACUCCGGCAUCUAGGGUUGCGUACACCGGUGGUCAACAGGGCCAUCUGCGGGCGUACCGACGUCGUGAAACCGCCUCGCAGUGAUUAGUCGUCUACUGCCAGACUCUUCUGUGACGACACACCGUAAGGAAGUCAUCCAGCGGGCGGAGCAGCCAGCAGCGCUCGAGUCCUUACGAUAGGUGGCGACACCCACUGGUGCGUCAGCGCAGGUUUCCCGUUACUCAGCUGCUCGCAUCGUGAACUUAAGCAUCCGGGCCAGCGCAGACCUUCUUGCGGCUCGCGCAACAUUCGCUUUCGGUACCACUGUGUAUUGCAGAGCGGCGGCGGUUGGUGUUUCCCAGAGCGUGUGACUAUAAACGACUUGACUCGGGAACGUGUCUGUGGAUGGUGCGAGUAGUAAAUAGCUCGUUAUUGUGGACUAGAUUCGAGGCUGUGCCUUCACGUUGACCGUAAGCUGGCCUCUGACGACGAAGCACACCAGCUGGGAUCUCAGUGCCUGGGAGUUUUUCGUCGAGUUCUGCGAGUCGGCACAGCCGAGAAGCUGCGCUGUAAACUGCAAAUGAGAUGCGGCGGACCGGCGGUCGCUAGGAUGGCGGCGACGGACGGGCAGAUCGUGUGCGCGGCGGCGCGCUGGUCGGACGAGGCGCAGUACCUGCGCGAGCUGGUCUCCGGGCCGCGGCCGCUGCGGCUGCCCGCCGUCGUCAAGGUGACGCGCGGCCAGUACGGCGGCCUGGGGGUGCCGUCGCUGCCCGCCCCCGCGCUCCAGCCCGCCGCUCUCAUCGUGUCCGCGGGCCGCCGCCGCAAGCUCGCCGCGCAGGCCGUCAAGCUCAAGGAGGGAGGUCGCAUGGCGGCAGUGGGCCCACGGCUGGCCAUCCCGGAGACCUACCCCGGUUACUUCGAGCUGCUGAGCGAGGAGGGCCGCGCCGUGCGCUGCAUCGAGGGCGUGGGCGAGCUGUCGCGGCGCGCCGGCCUCUCUGGCGCUUGUCUAGUGCGCGAGCCCGUGCGCGCCUUCCCCGACCCCGGGCCGGGCCCGGCCGUCGCCGCCGUCGCAGCCCUGCCGCCGGACGGCGCGCGCACCGUGCCCGUCGGGGAGACCCUCACCCCCACCGGAGAGGUGACGGUGGGCAAGUCGCGGUACCUGCGGUGCGUGGACGGGCGCGGCGAGUCGCUGCUGGUGCCGCUGGAGCAGCGCGGCGGCCGCUUCUCGGCGGUGGCGCGCGAGGACUCCAUCUCGGGAGUGCACAGCGCGCGCAACCUGCUGGCCAAGCGGCUGCCGCUGACGGUGCGCCUGGUGCACGGCCCGCCGCCGGCGCCCGCCCCCGGCGCCUCCUCGGCGCGCGGCCACCGCCACUUCGCGCCCGAGCUGCGGCUGCUCGCCGCCUACGAGGAGGAGCACGUGUUCGCGCUGCCGCUGGGCGGCCACCACCGCGCCGCCUCCGCCGCCGCCGCCGCCUCCGAGCAGCUGCUGGCGCUGCCGCUGGCCGCGCCGCUCAAGGUGGUGCGUGCGCGCAACGAGGACGCGCUGCGCGGCAUGCACGAGUUCGUCCGGCUGGCCGAGCGUGCGGCGCGCCUGCUCGCCGACGUCGCCGACAAAAUGCAGGUGCUGGACGGGAAGCUGGGCGACCCCAAGGCGCUGCGGCUGCUGUCGUCGGGCGUGAAGAGCAAGCCGUCGAGCGGCCACCUGCUGCGGCGCAGCGCCUCCUCCGACUCGGCGAACCUGUCGCACCACCGCGAGCGCGACCGCGACCGGGACCGCGGCCACGACGAGAACCGCUGCCCGCCGCCGCCCGGGCUCGCCGACGAGUACGACGAGAUCGACCAGAUCUACGACUACGUGCGCGGCUUCGCGCCGCUGCCCAAGAACAUCCGGUCGCCGUUCGCGGACCCGCAGCCGGCGCCGGCCGCGGCCGACAAGGCGUCGCCCGGCGGGUCGCCGCCGCUGUCGCCCACCUCUGCGCCCGGCCACCUCGUGCCGCUCGCCGCAGCGUCGCCGCCCGAGCCGCCGCCCAUCGAGACCAUCCCCACCAAGAAGAUGCAGCACCACAAGGCGGAGAAGAGGACGCGGCGCAAGGACAAAGACGCCGGCGUCGCGGUGCCCACGGUGAAGGAGAAGUCGCCGAGCGGGGGCGGCGGCCUGUACAUCAAGCACGGCGGCAGCGGCGCGCAGCACGGCCGACAGCUGCUGCACCGCCAGAAGAGCGCCUCGGCCAACGCGGCCAGCCGGCCGGGGUCGCCGCCGCUCGGCGUCCGCUACAAGUCGCUCUCCAACCUGCAGCAAGCGAUGGAGGUGGACGGCACGCUGGACUCCAGCCACUCCGGUGGCCGGACGUCGGGCGACUCCGGGGCGGGCGCCAAGCUGCCCGAGAAGCGGUCACGGCGGCUCAGCCGUCCGCGCUCGCUCACCAACCUGGUCUGGGAGCUGAGGGGCGGCGGGGGCGACAAGGGCCACAACCACGCGCCGCCCCCCGCCGGCCCUCAGCUGCCGGCGGCGGCGCCUGCGGGCGCGGCGGUAGGCCGUAAGCCCAAGCUGUCACUGGGCGGCGGCGGCGGCAGCAGCCACAAGCGCCUGGGCACUCUCUACCUGUAGGCUGGCGCCGUGGCGCCUGCCGUGCAGGCAACCCACACACCAGUCUCGUGUCGCAGAGAGCAGCCGCAGCAGGCGCCGAACUUCAGUUUCUACGCAUAUUUGUGAUUCUAGCAUUCCGCGAUGUGAUUUUUCGUUGUGUUCGAUGUACGCGUUUUUGCCCACCAUACGCAGAUUAAUUAUGAGGCGAGUGAUGACUCGGUUAUAGUUAUUUAGCGCUUCGUAUUUCUUUCAAAGCGACAGUGACUCUUAUGUAGAAAUUUAAGCAAAUUCUGAAAAAAAUAUAUAUAUAUAUUAUAUGUGUCUUCGUAUAUGAUGAAAUACGUUUCUGCAUAGUUAACCACAUAUGGACGCUCAGCAGAGUUUGUAUUUCUCCCAGCGCGAAACUUAUAAGCAAAGUGCUCAACAACAAAUAUUUGUUUAAGUGAUUGUGGCAAAUGAUAUUAUGUGCCAUGAAUUCUCAUUUACCCAACCGGAAGGCAAAGGCAAUAUUUUUGUUCUUCCUUAUAAUUUAAGAUUACUUUGUUCAAUUGUAAUAACACAUAACAUGAACAAUAAAGGCUACUGACACU